ACGGUCCACUAUUGGCUCAUACGCCUGGACGACGGCCGGUGCGCUCGAUUAUUGGCUCGCUCUCGCUAGGUUCUAUUGGUUGCCUUCUCGAUGCUCCUUAUAACGGUCUCGUCGAUCCCGAGACGCUCUCUCACUGUUCUAUCGUCACUGGUACUGCCGUAUUUCACGUUCUGGAAGUCUAUCGCGCUCCCGCUCGUCGUUCGACGCGUUCUCGUUGCCGUCGUCUGCGUUCUCGCUCCUGUUCCCUCGCGACGGACGACUUAGGGCUUCGCUCAUAACGGCCUAGAGCUUCGAUAGACGACUCUGCUGCACUGCUCCUCGCUCACCAGAAUGAAGAGCG